GAGGAGGCGGCGGCGCGCGGGUCCCUGGAAGCCCAGGGGAGGUCCGGGCGGAGGAGCGCCGCACGUGCAGAGACCCGCCCUGUGCGCCAUGGCGCGCCGGUUCCCCGGCCGCCGGGCGUCCCCUUAGCCGCGGCGGCGCGACCCGGGGCGGCGGCAUGGAGCCGCACGUGCUGGGCGCCGGGCUCUACUGGCUGCUGCUGCCCUGCACGCUCCUGGCGGCCUCCGUGCUGCGCAUUAAUGCACUAUCUCUGGUCUACCUGCUGGUCCUGUUGCUGCUACCCUGGCUUCCAGGCCCCUCCAGACACAGCAUACCAGGUCACACGGGCCGUCUGCUGCGCACACUGCUCUGCCUCAGCCUCCUUUUCCUGGUGGCCCACCUUGCCUUCCAGAUAUGCCUGCAUACUAUGACGAGCCUGAAACAACUCCUGGAGUCACACUGCAGCCUCUGGGAGAACAUUUCUCGACACAUAGGGGUCACGAGGCUGAACCUGUCGGACAUCCCCAAUACCACCCGACUGGUGGCGCCUGACCUGGUUGUCCUGGUGGUCUCCUCUCUCUGCCUUGGCCUCUGUGGACGCCUGACGAGGAAAGCCCGACAGAGCCAGCGGGCCCAGGAGCUGGUGAGGGAUUACAGCAGCCCAGGUCUCAUUGAAGGAGUUAGUGCUGAAGUCUACCCAUUCUGAGGACAGUUUUGAUUUUAACAAGCAUAGACUUUUAUGAUUGGAGGAUAUUAAUGUGUGGCAUGUAUAGUCACAUGUAUCGGGUGGAAAUGAUACAGGAGGGGAAGGGAAGUUUUGCCACAUUCUCAGGUUCCCAGCCACGUGGCUGUAUCCACUUGAGGCCUACCCUCCAGGGCUCCAGUUCUCAGUCACCUCAACCCCAAAGCAGGUCUCUGCUGAGGGAUCUGUCACUUGUAGGGGCAUCAACCAAACUGGAAGAUUCUGGAUAACAUCCUGGGAGGCUGAGAUUGCUUCCUUGAGCUGAGGCCUAAGUCAAGCUUAUCCCUAGGGCAGGAAGCCUGGAGGGUCCAGCCCUGUAUCUCCUUCACCCUGCUGCUGUUCCUAGGGACCAC